ACGGGCCCGGGUUGGUGUUUGUAAACUUGCCUCGGUCCCGGCGGGGGCAGCGGCGGCCGCAGGGUUGGCAGGGUGUGCUAGGGCCUGGAGGAGGCGCCGCGCGGCCAGGGAGACAGCGGGAGGCCGCGCCUGGCAGGUUUCUGAAACAGAUCGUGAGCUUCACCAAGAGAAUUCAACUGGAAAACCAAGACUAGCAGACUCUCUUUUUUCUUCAGACAAUAGCCAGGAGCCAGACGGAGUCCAAGGAUUCGUAGGACACCGAUUUUUUCUUUGGAGGACGCUAAGUUCUGUUUGAUGACAAAGUUCAGUAUGGCAACAGGACUGAAGAAACGCGAAGGAACCAUUACCAUAAUUUGGUGACAGUUCUUUAAACGACAGUGUCUUAAGGAAGGGUGGAUCAAGGACCUCCUGAACCUUGGGGUUGCAUUAAGUGAGAAAUCAGCAUGGCUCAGGUAAAAAGCUCUAGAGUCCUCCUCCUUCAAGAUCACUGGGAAGCCUGUUUGCAGUUUCACUCUUGAAUGCUGCCUUAGUCAACAUAUUGACCAACCCCAGUGAGCCAAGCUCUCUAUUAAGCACCAGGGGGAGAUCUAGAGGAAGGAAAGGAGACAGGCCACAGCCCCUGCCUUCAGGGAGCUUCCAGUCAAAUGAAGGAGGCAAGUCUCCUGGCUUGUGAAGGCCUAGCAGGUGUGAGUUUGGUUCCCACUGCAGCCAGCAAGAAGAUGAUGCUGAGCCAGAUUGCCAGCAAGCAGGCUGAAAAUGGAGAGCGGGCAGGUAGCCCUGAUGUGCUGAGGUGCUCGAGUCAGGGUCACCGAAAGGACAGUGAUAAGUCCCGGAGCCGCAAAGAUGAUGACAGCUUGGCUGAGACCUCUCAUUCAAAAAAGACUGUUAAAAAGGUGGUGGUAGUGGAACAAAAUGGUUCUUUUCAAGUAAAGAUUCCCAAAAAUUUUGUUUGCGAGCACUGCUUUGGAGCCUUUAGGAGCAGUUACCACCUAAAGAGGCACAUCCUUAUUCACACUGGUGAGAAACCAUUUGAGUGUGAUAUAUGUGAUAUGCGCUUCAUCCAGAAGUACCACCUGGAACGCCACAAGCGUGUACACAGUGGUGAAAAGCCUUACCAGUGUGAACGGUGUCAUCAGUGUUUUUCUCGGACAGAUCGAUUACUCAGACACAAACGGAUGUGCCAGGGGUGCCAGUCCAAGACCUCCGACGGGCAGUUUUCUCUAUAGGCGCUAGGGGCCCCGGGUGGUGGGAGUGAUCAGAAGAAUCUACUGAAGAGCGCACCCCCCUCUGGUCUGAUGGUCCCACCACCACCACAUCUGAACCUGUCCCCCUCCUGGAGGAGUGGACCCAGGAGACCAGAAGAGUGCAUCAGGGGACAGUGGCCCCAGAGCCUCAGCUCUGUAAAUAAUUUGAGACUAUGAGUAUCUUGGGGAAGUUCCUGCGGCAUUCCUGGGCAGGGGAACUAGUCCCUCAACCCUUGGCUGAGGUCAUAGUUGGGAACUCAAGGUACAGGACCAAGACUGAAGUGUGGCUCCCACAACCUUGGACGCUAGCUGGCAGCUAAAAUGGAAAAGAUUGGGGAAGGGGAUUUAUUUGUUUUGUUCUGUUCUUGUUUUUGUUCAUCCAAAAGCAGUUUCAGCAGGUAUACUGUGGAUACAGAUAAUCUGGAGGCAUAGAGUCCUUGUCCAAAGCAGGGACUAUGGCUGGUCCAGCUCUCCCCCCAAACUGAGUUUUUAGUUGCAAUAGAUCCUCAGUGUUCCACAAUUCUGCACCUCAUCUCCUAUUUGAGGGAUAUUAGGAUCAGGGGUGGCAGCUGAGCUUACUUUGGCUUCUUAAACACUGUAGGGACAAAGGGAAGGAGCAGACAGGGCUAGAUCCAAAAAGAGUGAAUGGUACCUCUUUCUUCCUCCAGGGAAGAGCAAGAGUUGGGUGUUGUGGCCCAUGCCACACUGGUACCUGAUGGGGUCAGCUCAAGUGCCUUUAGGAGGAAACCUAGGUGAAAGGGGCCCAUGAAACCCUUUUCUUCUUUGGGCAAUUGGUCUUGGAAGUAGUUUGUGGCUACCUCACUGCUAUUGACUCCUAAAGCCAGACAGAGGUGUUGAGCAAGGAUUUAGGGAUGUCAGGGGGGGUUCUCCUUGUGCUCUCUUAGGAGCAACCCUAGACUAGUCCCAAGUUGGCUAACAACUGUUCACAGAACAAAGGAAUUUGUUGUCCUCUGACCUGACUGUUGAGCAGUAAGAGCUAUUCUUGCUUCCGAAGUCCUAUCACUGUAUUCAGGUAGAGAAAAUAGAGGUCUGUCCUUUGGUCCCAAAGAACAAGAUCUUGGCUUCCUUCUUUUUUUUUUUUUUUUGAGACAGAGUCUCACUUUGUCGCCCUCGGUAGAGUGCGUGGCGUCACAGCUCACAGCAACCUCAAACUCUUGGGCUUAAGCGAUUCUCUUGCCUCAGCCUCCCAAGUAGCUAGGACUACAGGCGCCUCACAACACCCGGCUUUUUUGUUUGUUUGUUUGCAGUUGUCAUUGUUGCUUGGCAGGCUCAAGCCAGGUUCAAACCCAACCACCCUAGGUGUAUGUGGCCAGCAUGCUUAUCGAUUGAGCUACAAGUGCCACCCUUAGCUUCCUGCUUGGUGGCCACCCCUACCCAACAGAGAAUUCGGUGGUGAUGGGGAGGGUGCUGCAGAGGAAAGAUUGGGGGAAAACAUGAAUGUAGGUUUUAUUGUUAACCAUGUUCUUUGCUCCUCUCUGCUCUGACACCACCACCCUGUCUGCCCCCAGAAGUAAUCAGGGGUGUGUGUGUGUGUGUUAUGUGAGUGUUCAUGUUUGUAUGCUUGGAGGAAAUGACUUUUUUUUUUUCUUUUUUGAGACAGAGUCUCAUUAUGUUGCCCUCAGUAGGGUGCUGUGGUGUCACAGCUCACAGCAACCUCAAACUCUUGGGCUUAAGCGAUUCUCUUGCCUCAAGCCUCUCAAGUAGCUGGGACUAUUUUUGGUUGUAGUUGUCAUUGUUGUUUGGCAGGCCCUGGCUGGGUUUGAACCCACUAGCUCUGGUGUAUGUGGCUGGCACCCUAGCCACUGAGCUACAGGUGCCGAGCCAGAAACGACAUGUUAUUGAGCCAAACCCUUCUCUGAUCCUCACCUUAGAGCAGUGGUUCUCAACCUUCCUAAUGCCGUGAACCUUUAAUACAGUCCAAAGGGGUUGCAACCCACAGGUUGAGAACUGCUGCCUUAGAAGGUGAGUAGAAAACAGCCUUCUCCCACCAAAACCUGAAGGGUGCCUGAGGUUUCAGCAGGAGCUGAGGAACACAAUUUAGGGAACAGAAAAGCUUUGUCCUGGAGAAAUUUUUUUAGAUUGAUUCUAGAGGUUAGGGUAAUGGUUAGGGUGUUUCUAAGCCAAGCCAAGGCUUAUGAACAUGAAUUUUCUAAGGUGAAAUAAACCCUUCCUCCUAAGGAAAAGAUCCUAUAGGAGGUUCUGGGGUUUGGUUGGCUCCCACCAUAGCCUACCCUAGCUGGCAGAUCAGGGUAACUAUCUUAGGAGUAAUCAUGGAGCCUGGGUGAACUUGAGUUCCAAGCUCUCAGUGGGAAUCUGAGAUGACGACCUGCAGGAAUUGGGAUUUCAUUUCCUAGAGAAUGUAGGGAAUAGCAGCAGCAAUUCCUGGCUAUUACCUAUUCUGGAAGGGAUAAGGGGUGCAGGAGGGUCAUCGAUACCACUGGUAUAUUUCAGGGGGAAGGAAAGGAGAUGUGGAACUCUUCAGAUUUUCCCCGGCAGCAUCUGAGGUCCAGUGGGGGAGACACUGAGGAAUGCUUGCUGCCAUGUACUCUUCUGGCUUUAUGCUGACACUCCCAUUUAAUGUGGUCCGGAACUUAGAUCUCAGUCCUCGGAUCUGUCUGCCCUGUGGCCUCUGCAAGCAGGGAUAUCUUUCUGCAAGUGAGCCAGUCCUCUCCUGUUAGAGGGUUCUGCUGGGGCUGGGAUUUUUCUGUCAUUCACCUCUGGGAUGAUUCACCCCCUCCAAGACUUCCAGCAUCCUAAAAUACCACUUUAAAAGACUUAGAAAACUGUCCCCCCAAACUGCUUUUGAAAAAGGUAGGGGUGGGUCUUUCUCCUUGCCAUUUACAGCUAAUCUGUUUGAGAUUGGGUGGGGGUGAGGUGGAGAGAAUCAUGAGUGACCUAUGCCUCUAUGUGUACUGGGUCAGGGUGCUCUGACUCCCCACAGACCUUGACUUCCUGCCUGGGGGAAGGAGGGAACUUCUGAGUGUAUGUACAAACAGCUGUACCAGAACCACCCUGCUGAGGAAUUGGGUGCAGAGAAAACUCAGGAGCCAGGUAGGGAGUUUAGUUGAGGUGCCGAUGCUCUGGGGCAGUGGAUAUGUGAGGAAAGGAACAAAGGGGUGGAAGAAGUGAUGUAGUGCUUAGAGGGCCCAGCACCCCACCCUUCUCUUGCUGGGAUGGGGCCUUGCACUGGAAAGAUGCCUCGGGUGUGUGAGGGGAGGUGGAGACAGGGCAAGGUGUGGAACUGGGGUACCUGGGAAAGUAGAGUGCCUAUUCCUAGGUGGGCUGCUGUCCCGGGCCUUGCCAGCCCCACCCUUCCCAGGACCCCAAGUCUUUUCGAGCCUUCCCAACAGCCUCAUCAUCACUUAGCUACUGAUUGUGUCCCAUGGCUUGAAAUUGGAGGGUUUGUGAGCGAAGGCCCACCGCAGCUUUAACCCUCUCCCCAGAUGCUCUCUGCCUCCGCUGCAGCCCUGGGGCUUUCAUCUUCAACUAUCCCAUUCCUACCCUUUGUCUUCACUCUCUUUUUCUUUUUUUAAUAUACUUAUUUUGCUAUGGGGGAGGGGAAUAUCAAAUGGACAAGAUCACUUUUAAAUGGUAGUUUUUAUAAGAUGUUAUAAACUUGUAUCUUUUUACCAUUAAAGUGCAGUGUAUGUUCCUUCGUGAUAUAUUUAGGAUAUUUAAAUAAAAAGAAAAUGGGGCUUUUCUACUUA